UGGGCUUCAGUAAGCGUCCUUGUCCUUGGUAUGCGACUGAGGGUUCGCGAAGUAAGGCCUUGUAAGGCACGUUCAGCCGGCGUAUUGGCGGAAGUUUCGAAGAUCCUCCCUAUCGCCCUUCUUAUUAAGUGCGCCACAAGUAUCUCGCGCAGCGAUGUCUUCCAGUUUGUAAGAAGUCGGCCAAAACGAGGUCCGGUCUCGCAGAAGUGA